CUGCAUUUAUUUUUGGUUUUGCAGAGUGCCUUGUUAGGACAAGAUGUCACACUUCGUUGCGUGGCAGAUCAGUCGGUAGCUGAGAAUGGUAGAUUACUUAGCCAAUGGAAAGCCAACGACGAUGGAUUAUUAGGAUAUCAGGAUGAGGGAUUACUACCAGGCUACGAUGGGCGUUACUAUUACCUCUCUAGAACUAAAUUUGAAAAGAACUUGCUGAUUAAGAAUUUGAGUUUGAAGGACAAUGGUUAUUUUGAGUGUCAAAUGACACAUGCUGUGGACGGUGCUCCCACUAGUCAACAUCGGGCUAAGGCGUACGUAACUGUAUUAGGUAAGUUAAUGGCCGUUUCUAGCAUUGCUGAAGAUGCGGAGUUUGUCAUUUCUUGCGAAGCGCGGAAUGCUAAACCAGCCGCUGUGCUUAAUUGGUUUACGGAUGGAAACUUGAUCAAAGAAAAUGUACGCAAAAAGAACGUACCGAAUAGGAAUUUCACUAUCAAUUCACAGGCUAAACUCCAUUGGACAAAAUUGACUUGCCAGUCGUUAUACAAAGAAACUAAUUCAGUUGACGACUUGGACGUCACGUUGAACGUCAUCUAUCCGUCGGAGAAACCUAAAGUUCGAAUAAAAGGGAAUUACGGACAGGUUAGAGCAGGAAACAAUAUAACACUGUCAUGUACAGCCAAAGAUGGCAAUCCGCCACCAGAGCUUAAAUGGUAUUAUGGAAACAGGUUAAUUGGUAGCGACUUUUAUUAUGAUGCGAAAGAGACUGUGAACGAUUACUCUAUGAUUGUCAGUUCAGAAAGUAAUGGCCUGGAGUAUGAAUGCAGGUCAACAAACGCGUUUGCUGGAGAGCCUCUAAAGACGACUUUGCAACUUUCUGUCGAAUUUUUGAUAAAAAUAAUUUAUAAUUCUAACAGCUACGCGAAUCCACGAGCUAGCAUUGGUUGGCAGGUUAACGGUUUAAACGUACAGUCUGUUCAGUCAAAGACAAGUGACAGUCCAAGAGGAUUUAUUACUGAGUCAAUCAUCGCCAUUACGGCUGCAGAUUAUAACUAUGGUAAUAAUGAGUUGGUUCUCGAGUGCUUUGCACGUAAUGAAGUUGGUUUGGUUCGUGAGGAGCGGCGCAUAAUAUAUAUUGCAGCGCCCCCAGGUGAGCCAGUAAUCAUAGGAAUGAAUGGCAUUUCGGUAGACAACAAUGUGGUGAAUUUUACUUGCACAGCAAGCGGUGGUAAUCCGUUGGCAAAAUUAUCUUGGUACCUGGGCCAUCAUAAGGUUUCGCACAGAUCAAAAGUGCGGUGGAAAGAGUUGCUUACCACGCGAACAACAGCGAAAGCAGAUACCGUGCAAACUGUUGAAAGUGUCCUCACUCUCAAACUGAAUCGCAGUAUGCAUCACCAGAAACUUCGUUGUGAGGCAGGAAAUGAAGCUCUUGACAAUCCGCGCCAUACUGAAUAUGAACUUAACAUUUUCUCGGAUGCUUUUUCAGUUCCUCCUGAGUCGGUCACAAUAGCAAAGAACUACCACUUAAAGGCGGGCGAAAAAAGCAGGUUGAUUUGCCAUUCAAAAUUCUCGAAUCCUGAAGCGGAAAUUGGUUGGGAGUUUCCUGGUAUGGGGAUGAUGAGCCUGACGGCACUUUAUCGUUUUGUUACCUGGGACAACGGUAACAACGGAUUUGACGUUAGCAAUACUAUUGAAUUUAUACCUACAAAAGUAAUGGAUAAAGCGAUUGUGGCGUGUUUCGCACUGAGCAGUAAGUGGGCACGAGUGAACUCUUCUGAGUACCGCCUUAACGUUCAAUAUGCUCCUGAAGUGUCAAAUUUAAAAGAAAGAAUAAUCAUGCAAGAAGGAAAGCGAUUUAAUACGAAUUUUACAGUGGAAGCAAAUCCACCGGCUUUCAGUUUUGACUGGAGAAAAGACGGCAUAUCUUUUUUUGCUGAAAUAGGUUCUUUGCGUGCUAAAGGUACCAAAAGUUAUAGGAAAUGUAUUUGCUUUGAUAUUAUUGUAGAUCCUGCUAGAAUCACAGAAAUUUCUGGUGAGAAAGUUGUAUCUGCUGGUGAAAAGGUGGUGCUAUCUUGCACUGCUAUAGGGAUUCCUGUAUUUUCAAAUAUGAUACAGUGGUCUUAUGAGAAUGUUUUGGUGACUCAUGGAGUUAUUAGUGGUGAUGAAGGUCAUAAGAACUUGUCAUUUAUAGCCGCAAAGAAUAUGAGCGGCACUUUUGCUUGCUUAGCGGAUAACGGGAUUGGAGAUGUAACUGCAGGAAUUUUGGGUAAAAGUACCCGUUUAAGGUGUCGUGCGCGCGGCGUGCCAGAAGUCAAAUUUUCUUGGCACUUUUCUGGUUCCACCGUUGUGAUCCAGAAUAAUGCGCAGUACACCAUUAUUUCUGAUUCGAAGAACUACCCCGAUUAUGAAAGCACCUUAAUUAUUAGCAAAGUAGAUCGGUCUCAUUACGACAGGUCCAUUAUGUGUGUCGCAAAAAACAAUAUGGGUGAAGACACUCUGGAUAUCAAAAUUGGCCCUCCAUCAGCUCCGGAAACACCGACUAACCUUUCAUCUAUAAAUUCAACAAAAACGUCUGUGACAGUGAAAUGGAACCCUGGUUUUGACGGAGGUUCGAGGCAGCAAUUUCAGUUGCGGUAUCGAUCAGUUAAGGGUGGGAAUUAUCACAAUUUUGCUGGUGUCCUGUUGGGCCUAACAUCCUCUUAUGAGGUUGCAGUUCGUUCUUGGAAUCUUGAUGGCCACUCGUCUGCUUUUUCAAAGCCUGUCACAGUUUUCACGCUCAAUACAAAGGGCGAGGAUAUGCAGGUAGUUAUGCGGAAGGUGUGUUUUUGGUUUUAUGACAGUUUUGUGGUAGAGAAGAACACACGGUGGGACCGAAAGACAGAAAUGGUGAGGAAGUUGCCAGAUGGCAAAGGGGAAGCAAAGGCAGUUCACAUGUAUGGUGCAUUGGUUAAUUCGGAAAUUGCUUGUCGACCCGAGUCAGCUAAUACAAAUAGAAGUGAAUUGGUUUAUGAACGGGCUUCAGAAGAUGCGCAAAGUCUGCGUACGAUAAUAGUAAGUUCACGUCUUUAUAGUGUUCAUCUAGUCCUUUAG